AUGCUAUGUAUGGUGUCUCUAAUGUCUCAAGACACAUCCGGCUGGCAGUGUGGAGCCGAUGUCUACUCCAACUAUCAAAUGAUGCUUAGAGCCCACACCUUCAAGACGAUCAAGGCUCGUCCAGGCACGUCUGACUGCAGACAAGCCUGCAACGCUGAUACCAGAUGUCAAAGUUACAACAUGGUCAUGUUCAGAGGCAUAUGUGAAUUGAAUAAUAGGACCAAAGACGCCAGGCCAGAUGAUUUCAUAAAGAACAAGGACAGAUAUUACAUUACAAAGGUUUACUAUAGAGUUCCUCUCGGUUCCAUUCCUGAGCUGCCUGCUGAUUCGUGUGAAGAGAUUCUAGCAAGUGAAGGAGAGAAAGCUGUCAGCGGUAGUUACUGGUUGGAUUUUAACAGAUCUGGAAACUCCUUGUUGACCCACUGUAACAUGGGAAUGAGAGAUAUCGACGAAUGCGAAGAUAACCUCCAUGACUGUCAUAGCCACGCAACUUGCAAAAAAACAAAUGGUUCCUACUUCUGUGCUUGUAAACCAGGAUUUGGGGGAGAUGGAAAAAACGAAUGUGAAGAUAUUGAUGAAUGCACCGAAGGAUCUCACGGUUGCCAUAGUAACGGGACAUGUGGAAAUACUGUAGGUUCGUAUAACUGCAAAUGUAAGACUGGAUUCUCCGGUGACGGUUUUAGCUGCGAACCGACAGAAUGUGUGGAAUAUCACGAAUUGAACGAUGCUCGCAGGAAAGUAACUUACGCAGCUGUUCGACCAUACAAGUGCGACGAUUCAAUCAUUCCAGGCUGGUAUCGUAUGGUAGAACCUGCUGGUAAACGGAUUCCGACGACAUGCCCGGGUAAUACGAUGUGUGGUACAGCUCGACCUGGAUGGAUGAAUGGUGUCCAUCCUGCUGUGGAAGAUGGUGUUGUUAGCAGAAAGGUUUGUUUCUCAACCAGGAAUUCCUGCUGCUAUAAAUCUCUUUGGAUUAAAGUGAGAAGCUGCGGUACUUUCUAUGUGUAUUACUUGCGGGGCAUACCAAAUGUCUGUCCCGAAUCGUACUGUGCAACUGACUGA